AUGCACUCUCCCAAACAAAAAGAAAAAAAACCUCUCUAGCAAUACACACCAAACUGAGCAUGUGCAGAGUGUUUCCACGCGAUAUGUCUUCUCAGGAGAUAAGGGGGGGACACGGAGAAAAGAGGAGGAUCAGAGAAGUCAUGAUAAAACAGCCUUUUUACACAAUGCUGAGGAUUAACCCCUUAGAUUCCACAGUGAGUAUAACAAGCAUGCUUUACUGCCAGGGGCGGACUGACAACUCAUGGGGCCCCCCGGGAAUUAGGGGAUCAUGGGGCCCCUGUGUCCUUGCCCAAACUCAAAAAAAGCCU